UGAAAGAUUUAGAGAAGAGAGUGAAAGAUGAUUUGGACACUUGUGCCAAUAUGAAUGACCAACUGAAGACCAUGGUGGAUAAACUACAGCAGAUUACUGGCAAACACAAGGAGAUCAAUUCUUACAUUGGAUUCCGAAAAUGUCAAACCAAGUUAAAAGAUGGAAAGGGUAUGGUACAAAACAUACAGAAAAGGCCUAAAGAAGGGAUUAGGGUCAAAUGUGAUGAAAGUGUAUUACCAUUCUUCAGAAACCUUUACAGCCUUGUUAAUGUUGAAAGUGUACAUUCCAUGUCAAACACAACAGAUUCUGUCCAUGUGUAUAUAGCUCAAAGUCAAAGUCACUAUUCUGUUAAAAUAAAGACAGAUAGAAGGAAUUGCCUUAUUGCAGGUAUUAGUGAGAUGCCCAGUGGAGAGGUAGUCAUUGCUGACUGCAACAACCAAAGAGUGAAACUUCUGAACCAGAAGUACAAGGUCAUUGAUCACCGUGGUCUUCCUGGUUGUCCUCUGAACUUGUGUUAUAUUGCUGGCAACGAGGUUGCUGUAGCUGUAGAUGAUAAAAGUGCUCUACAUGAGGUCCACUUCCUUACAGUGACCAAGGGACAGCUACAGGCAGUGAGAAAAUUCACCACAGACCAUCCAUGCUCCUCCGUUGCCCACCACCAGGGCCAGAUAUAUGUGGGCUCUGGCACUGCCCUUUACCUGUACACCAUGGAUGGACAUCUCAAGAACAAGAUGUAUGAAGACAAGUCUGUUGACAGGACAGUGUACGAGUGUGCUGUUAGUCCUGAAGGGGAGAGAUUUUAUGUUACAAAUUACUCGAAACAUAAAUUAGUCACACUAGAUAAAGAUGGACAAGUGCUAUCUACAUUAGAAGAUCCUGAAUUACAGAGGCCCUCUGGACUAUGCGUCAGCCCUAGUGGCCAUGUGUUUGUGUGUGGGCAUGUGUCUAACACUAUGUUACAGGUGGACUGGGAAGGGAGACAGAAGCUGGCUACAGUGGCAAGGGCGGUUGAUGGCUUGCUCUGGCCCCAGUCAGUGAGGUUAAGUGAACAUACCUCCAGCCUUAUUGUGGGGAAUUUUAACAGUGACAGUAUCCUUGUUGUCAAGCUGUGUUGAACAAUGAAGCAGGGUUGUAUGUCUAUCAUGUGAUGUCUAUGUAAAUUUCAAAUGUUAAAUUAAAUCAGGGUUGAUCUUUCAUUCGAUUUUUUCAUUUUAUGUUGUAAAUAUUAUAUUAUAUGUAUUGCACACUUUAUUAUAUAUGUAUACAAAUCAAUGGAAUAUAGUAAUGUGUAUUUGUAUGUACUAUUAAAUGAUCAUGUGUACAGAAGCGCCGAAAGGUAUUUUGUAUUAGGGUGGCUGGGUUGGGUCCAGUAGGGGGUGAACCCCUCCUUGUGACCCGCUUGGAUUUAUUUUAACACUUUAACUAUUUUCAGGACUCAUAUCAAUCGUUAGAAACACCUUUAAAUAACAAAAACUGUUAUACUAACUUUUCAAAUACUUUGAUUAUCAUUAUUUUGACUAAAUUGGAAAUAUGCAUAUAAUUUUACCAUUUACU